AUGGCAGCCGAUUGAAGAAACAUAAAAUACUUGUCUUUAAAAUGUGAACUCAGGACGAAAGUCAUUGCGGUUUCUUCUCAUAUUCUCUCGUCUUUCUUCCCACCUGCACAAGAAACCAGAGAAAAAAAUGGGUCAAGAAUCCUUCAUCUACAGCUUCGUAGCUCGAGGCACCAUGGUUUUGGCUGAGUACACCGAGUUCACCGGCAACUUUCCGGCAAUUGCAACUCAGUGUCUUCAAAAGCUACCUUCAACCAACAACAAAUUCACCUACAAUUGCGAUCAUCAUACCUUCAAUUUCUUAGUCCAAGAUGGAUACGCUUAUUGCGUGGUUGCAAAAGAGUCGGUUGGCAAACAAAUAUCCAUUGCAUUUCUAGAACGUGUUCGGGCAGACUUCAAGAAGAGAUAUGGCGGUGGCAAAGCAGAUACAGCGGUUGCUAAAAGUCUCAACAAGGAAUUUGGCCCGGUAAUGAAAGAGCACAUGCAAUAUAUAAUCGAGCAUGCAGACGAGAUUGAGAAGCUGAUAAAAGUGAAAGCACAAGUUUCGGAAGUUAAAAGCAUCAUGUUGGAUAACAUAGACAAGGCUAUUGAUAGAGGGCAAAACCUUACAACAUUAAACGACAAGGCUGAAAACCUACGUGAUUCGGCGCAAGAAUUCAAGAAAGCGGGCACGAAGAUCCGAAGGAAGAUGUGGUAUCAAAACAUGAAAAUAAAACUAGUUGUUCUUGGUAUACUUCUGCUACUGGUUCUUGUAAUUUGGCUGUCAAUUUGCCAUGGUUUUGACUGCACCAACUGAGGGAGGAAGAAGGUGAAGGUAAUAGCAAUGGAGUUAUAGUGUAAAGUUGGUUUAUAUGGUUUGAGAGGCAGAGUGAAACAAGUUUCCCUUUUUCUCUCCUUUUAGUUUUUAUAUUUAAUUUGUUGUGCUACAAAGUGUGAAAUGGAAAACAUAAGUUUCUUGAAUUACCUUCUCCAUUUUCAAGAUAAUA